CAAAAAAAAAAAAAAAAAAAAGAUUGGUUUCACAUGCAAAGUGUCAGGAGGAGAGAAAGCGAGCCGAUGGCAGCGACGCAAACCUCCGAGCCGCACUAGUCCUACAGUCAGUCUUGCAUAUAAAUGGAGGAAAGGACUGUCAUCAGAUAAUUGGAGCUGCAGCCUCCAAGUUUGCUAAAGACUGAGAGAAACCCAAGCCAGUCAUACGAGAUGUGAAUUUGCUGAAUGAAGAAUGAGAAACUUGAGUAACGACUUCAUUGCAGAGGACUGACCAGCGCCAUCAUUUCUCACAUAACCUUUUACGUUUGAGCGCCGCUCAUUCAGUCUCAUUCUGCUCCCCUGCCUCACACACCUUCGUCUACCAGCUCUGCUGCCCAGCCCAGGCAGAGUGGACCCGUCCCUCUCCCCAGGCCUCGCGCCCUCCCAUCGGCGGCGGUGUGUUGGUGUACGAUGGCGCGGUGGGACGCUGAGGGCUGCCGCGGGGGACUGUGAUGUCAGAGCCCAACAGCCCGGGCGAGAGCCGGCGUGGCGCUCCCAGAUUCUUCGUGGGCUGCGAGGACGAUGAGAGCGAGGUCCUGGAAGACAGCAUGAGGACAGACAUGGAGCUAUAUGAGGACGACGAAGACACAGACUCGCCCCCGGAGCAACAGAUCGUGGUGGGGAUCUGCUGCAUGAUGAAGAAGUCCAAGUCUAAGCCAAUGACCCAGAUCCUGGAGAGGCUGUGCAGGUUUGAGUACAUCACUGUGGUCAUCUUCCCAGAGGACGUCAUCCUCAACGAACCUGUGGACAAAUGGCCUCUGUGUGACUGCCUCAUCUCCUUCCACUCCAAGGGAUUCCCUCUGGAUAAGGCAGUGAGCUACGCCAAACUGAGAAACCCUCUGCUCAUCAAUGACCUGAACAUGCAGUACUACAUACAGGACAGGAGAGAGGUGUAUCGCAUCCUGCAGGAGGAAGGAAUAGAUCUACCACGUUAUGCUGUGCUGAACCGUGACCCAGAUAAACCAGAUGAGUGUAACCUGGUGGAAGGAGAAGACCAUGUGGAGGUGAACGGAGAGAUAUUCCAAAAGCCCUUUGUUGAGAAGCCUGUCUGCGCUGAGGACCACAACGUCUACAUCUACUACCCCACCUCUGCUGGUGGGGGCAGCCAGCGACUCUUCAGAAAGAUUGGGAGCCGGAGCAGUGUGUACUCGCCAGAGAGCAGUGUGAGGAAGACGGGCUCUUACAUCUAUGAGGAGUUCAUGCCAACAGAUGGCACUGAUGUUAAGGUGUACACUGUGGGGCCAGACUACGCUCAUGCUGAGGCUCGGAAGUCCCCCGCUCUGGACGGGAAGGUGGAGAGAGACAGCGAGGGGAAGGAGGUCCGCUACCCCGUCAUGUUGUCAGCAAUGGAGAAACUGGUGGCCCGCAAGGUCUGCCUAGCAUUCAAGCAAACUGUGUGUGGCUUCGAUCUUCUCCGAGCCAAUGGACACUCUUAUGUGUGUGAUGUCAACGGUUUCAGUUUCGUGAAGAACUCAAUGAAGUACUACGACGACUGUGCCAAGAUCCUCGGGAACAUCGUGAUGCGUGAGCUGGCUCCUCAGUUUCAGAUUCCUUGGUCCAUCCCUACCGAGGCAGAGGACAUCCCCAUUGUUCCCACUACAUCGGGGACCAUGAUGGAGCUACGUUGUGUCAUCGCUGUCAUCCGCCAUGGAGACAGAACGCCCAAACAGAAGAUGAAGAUGGAAGUUCGCAACCCCAUGUUCUUUGAUCUAUUUGAAAAAUAUGGAGGAUACAAAACUGGGAAAUUAAAGCUGAAGAAGCCGAAACAACUGCAGGAGGUGCUGGACAUCACACGGCAGUUGUUAGCAGAACUAGGACAGCACAACGACUGCGAGAUAGAAGAGAAGAAGUCCAAACUGGAGCAGCUGAAGACUGUUCUGGAAAUGUAUGGCCACUUCUCCGGGAUCAACAGAAAAGUGCAACUAACUUACCUGCCCCAUGGGCAGCCCAAAACCUCAAGUGAGGAAGAAGACACACGUAAGGAAGGUCCGUCUCUGCUGCUGGUGCUGAAGUGGGGAGGAGAGCUGACUCCUGCUGGCAGAGUACAGGCUGAGGAGCUGGGAAGGGCCUUCCGCUGUAUGUACCCUGGAGGACAAGGAGACUAUGCUGGCUUUCCAGGCUGUGGUUUACUGCGGUUACACAGCACCUACAGACAUGACCUGAAGAUAUAUGCAUCUGAUGAAGGCAGGGUGCAGAUGACGGCCGCAGCUUUCGCAAAGGGUUUGCUGGCUCUGGAGGGUGAGCUGACACCCAUCCUGGUGCAGAUGGUGAAGAGCGCCAACAUGAACGGGCUGCUGGACAACGACAGCGACUCGCUGAGCAGCUGCCAGCACCGCGUCAAGGCCCGACUGCACGAGAUUCUGCAGAAGGACAGGGACUUCACAGACGAAGACUUCGACAGGCUGGCCCCGACCUGCAGUGCCUCUUUGGUGAAUUCAAUGAAGAUAGUCCAGAACCCAGUGGCCACAUGUGACCGGGUCUAUGCCCUCAUUCAGAGCCUCACCUCCCAGAUCCGCAAAAGGAUGGAGGACCCCAAGUCGGCUGACCUGCAGCUGUACCACAGUGAGACGCUGGAGUUGAUGCUGCAGCGGUGGUCCAAACUUGAGAGAGACUUCCGCAUGAAAAACGGCCGCUACGACAUCAGUAAAAUACCUGAUAUUUAUGACUGUGUGAAGUACGACGUUAUCCACAAUGCUACUCUGGGCCUGGAGGACACGCUGGAGCUGUUCAGACUGUCGCGAGCUUUGGCUGACGUCGUCAUCCCACAGGAAUAUGGCAUAAAUAAAGUGGAGAAAUUGGACAUAGCAUACGCCUACUGCCUCCCACUGGUCAGAAAGAUCCAGCUUGACCUGCAGAGGACCCACGAGGAUGAGUCUGUCAACAAACUGCACCCUCUGUAUUCCCGCGGAGUGAUGUCUCCUGGGCGCCAUGUCAGGACACGUUUAUAUUUCACCAGUGAGAGUCACGUCCACUCCCUGCUCAGCAUUUUCCGCUAUGGAGGCUUGCUCGAUGAGGAGAAGGACCAGCAGUGGAAGCGUGCCAUGGAUUACCUCAGUGCUGUCUCUGAACUCAACUACAUGACUCAGAUUGUCAUCAUGCUGUAUGAGGACAACAAUAAGGACAUCUCCUCUGAGGAACGCUUCCACGUAGAGCUUCACUUCAGCCCUGGUGUCAAAGGCGUUGAGGAGGAGGAGAACGCACCGACCGGCUUUGGCUUCAGGCCCGCUUCUGCAGAGGUAGCACGACAGAACGGGCAGAAACAGACGGAUCCCGGCAGCCUGGAGGACCUCUCACGAGAUGAGACCGACCGCGCCGUGCCGCUGUCUGAGCCGAUCACCAUUCAGAGGAGAUCCCCACUCAUACGCAACCAUAAGACAGGAUCCAUGGAGGUUCUGUCAGAGACAUCAUCCUCCAAAGUAGGCAGUUAUCGCCUCUUCUCGCUCUGCUCACGUCAGUCCCCUGAGAUGAAACAAAGUGGAUUAGGCUCUCAGUGCGCCGGGCUCUUCAGCACCACUGUCCUAGGUGGGUCCUCUAGCGCCCCUAACCUGCAGGACUACGCACGCGCACACCGCAAAAAAUUCUCCACUGGCAGUCUGUCCUACAAAGACGAGUUGUUGUCUAUGCCGGCAGUAAAACGAUUUUCUGUGUCGUUUGCAAAGUAUCCGACUAAUGGAACACAAGAUGACACAUCCACCAUAGCAGAGGCUCCACCUCUCUGGUGCACUGCAAAAGAGCCCUUGGAGGAGCACCAUGUGGCCCAGUUGUUGAGGCGUUUCUCCACUGACCUCAGCCUGGGCCGCCACCUCUCUCUGGACGGGGCGCUGGCCCACCACCUCCACCAGUGCUCCUACCACCUCCGCCUCUUCCGAAACUGGCUCAUCUCCGGCCAAGACCCCCUAGAGUACCUCCACGGCUUCGAAGGCUGCUCCAUGGUGCCCUCCAUCUAUCCUCUGGAAACGCUGCACAACUCGCUGUCUCUAAAACAGGUCAACGAGUUCCUCGCCGGCGUGUGCGAGAGCGCAGGGGAUCCACACACGAGGACUACCAGAGCUCUGUCAGCCAUGUUUGAGACACACAACCAGCCGUCAGUGGACUCGUACAUCCCUCAGCGAGUCCUCACAUCCUCCAUCUCUCUCAGAUCUCGUUCUGACAGACCCCCUUGGUACAGCAGCGGUCCAUCCAGCACAGUAUCCAGCGCGGGACCGUCCUCUCCCACUACAGCUGACACUUCCCCACGUUUCAGCUUCAGUGAUAAGAUAUCCCUCACCCCUCAGAGCAGCGAGGAAACUCACUCCUCGCAAAACAUUUCCACUCAGCCGGUGUCCGCCGCCGGAUCACAAGUCCUCGACCCAACUUGCUCUGCUGUUACAAACCCUGGUGAAGUUCCUCUGACUCCAAAUAACUCACCGGAGGAUGAUGCUGAGCAGUGCACUGUUACUGCUCACCAGCCUGAUAAUCCUGAAUGCACACAGGAAGGGCCAGAGGAGGCUCCUGCAGCCGAUGAUACUGCCAGCGGUGCAAUUUCAGAUCCCAGCCUGAGACCCCCCUGCUCUGCGUUAGCUGAGCUCACUCUGGGCCGGAUGGAGGGUUACUGCCUCCCAGGCUCUCUGCCCGUGCUGCUGGAGCUCAGAGAGAGCAGCAGCGAGGCGGGCUCCAGCUCCCAGACUCCCCAGUCUCCUGAGGGACCUGAUGAGUUCUUUGACACACAGGAGUCGUUGGAGUUGUGGAUGGACAGUCCAGAAAGCCUCCCGAGUCCCGAGGCGCCUCUGGAGGUCGGAGCCACUCACACAGCAGAGCCGUAGGGCGGCGAAACCUUCAGAACAACAGGCUUCAGAUCCGUCAGAAACUACUGUGGUUACAUUUGUAACUCUACAAGCAUCAUCCUCGUCAAUCAUGAGCAGUGAGGCAUUGUACUGAGCUACAGCCAACCGGGCCUCCCAUGUCCCCUCGAUGACUGUGUGUUGAGUAAUAGUCACUGGGCAGCUGGUCCUCACACUAGGCUCUGCGUUGGAGAAUCGUAUGACAAUGCCCCACAUGCUGUUCAUUGCCUUUUUAAAAAAAGCACACUAUUGACCCACCAGUGACACCACUGAGCCUCCUCUGACAGUCCACUGGUUCAGUCCAUCUAUCUGUAAAGAUGUAGGAAGCCACUCGUUAUAAGGUGAAGCUUUAUUCUUAAAUUUAACAGCUGUGUUACCGUUUCGUGCAUGCUGUUGCACAAGCCCUUUCCUUAAAGCUGCAUUAAUCGAUUUGUGGCCACUAGGGUGCAGAAACGCCUUGCAACCCACAGCCCUGACCUGUUACUACCUUACUAAGCUGUUAUUGCUCAGAUUUUAGAUAUCAGUUGCCUGGUUACACAUCCAGCAGACAUGGGACAAAAGCAUCAUCCCACUGGAGUCUUGUUUGUGUCCACGUGAUGAAUAAAAGUCCAAUUUCCACUCUACUUUUAGCUCUGGUUUGCUCUCCACCAACUGAAGAAGAAUAUUAGCUGCUGGGAGUUCCAUUAUGUUCACCAGCUAGUCUCUAAACUUUGUCUGCCUGCCUUUUUUUGUCAGGCAAGUAGUGUACAGUGGAUUUAUCCAGGGGUUGAUGAGAGCAUUGAGUCUUAACCAUACAGAAAAAUAGGCUGUGGAACUAAAAGAACAUUUCAGUUGAUUCAUUGUGACCAUAAAAGUUAUUGAUUAAUGGAGCUUUAAAGUGUGUAAAGUCUGUCUCACAUCUUUCUUACCUUCAGUCCUUCCCCCCUUGGACAGCUGCAGUAGUGAAGUUUUAGUCUUUGCAUGACCAACUUCCAUAUCGUCCAUCGCAGUCAGGUGACCGAUAUCAGCCGUGCUUUCUGCUUCCUUUGUUCGAAGAAAAUACAAUCUGUGGCUCUUCUGCUCUUCAUCAUAUCAGCGUCUGUCCUGUGCUGAGCUUCUGUGGCGCUACAUGUUUAGUACCUGCAUCUGUGAUUUAAGAAAAACAACAAAAGCUGAAUGACAGCAGCUGAAUCUUCAUUACUGCCAGUAAAAUAUAUAGUGUUCAAUCUCCAGGUCAAACCGUGUGUGCACUGCUUACUGCCAAAGUCCUUAAGCCUCAUUGAAGAUUUAAUAUAAUCGAUAGGAAAUUGAUAGAGAGAGAAAAUAAUAUUUAUUUUGAAAUUGCAUCUUGAAAAAAAAAAAAAAGAAACUGGUAUUUUUGAUACCCACAUCAGAUAUUUAAUUGUACCAUAGCUAUUGUAUAUUUUUUGUAAAAUCACCUCAUGAUGUGGGAAAAUCUGAAAGCUAAUCUCUCAUUUUAUCACUGAACAAACAGGAGGGGCAUUUUACAUUAAAUGUGCUUUUAUUGUGGCAAGCAGUUAUGUAGCAGAGGUGUGUGUUUGUUUGUGUGUGUGUUGUGUGUGUGUGUGUGUGUGUUUGUUUGUGUGUGACUGUGUGUGUGUGAAGGGGGUACACACACACACACACACACACUGAGAAGCAAUUCAGGUAGAUGAGUACGCUGAUGUGCAAUCCUGUGUUUAAUCAGUGGGACUUGAUGUUACAUUGUGAUGUACUGUAGAGGUGAAACUCCGAGCGGUCGUCCUGUCUGUGAGUACAGAUUAUCACUGUUUGCUUAAAGGGUCAAUUCACUCAAAUUACAAUUGAAAAAAAGGCCAACAGGGUCUCAUUCACCUCUACUGGUUUUCAUUUUUAUCUCCAACAAUGAGGUUUUCACUGUUUGUUUUUUUUUAGCAAGGUUACUGAAAUGAAACUUGGGGGCGGGUGUAGCAUGGGCCAAGAAAGAAACCCAUUAAAUUAAAAGUGGAUCUGAAUCACGGAGCGAAUACGCAAAUUACUUUGUUAACAUUGCAGUUGUAGUGGUAUUAUUUGCCCAGAGUUUGAGAUGUCUGACUCUAAUUUCUGUCUGUAGUUGUGGUGCUGAAAACAUCUAAACCAGUGUCACAUCCAGAUGUUUUCCAGGAUUAUUUAGUCAUAGAUGUCUUCUGAGUUUGACGACCCGUUCUUUCCUAUGAAUGUUGCUCAUUGGGCGCAUACGCUGCAGGCCCACGCAGCCUGAACACCAGAGUCCCUCUCCGGCCGAGCCAGCGGAGAGCGUUUGUGUUUGAAGCUCUCCACAUACAUUAAAGGACAAAAUAAUUAGACUUUCCCAAGUUUAAUGGCCUUUAUGAAUCAAAUUCAUCAUUCAAAGAUUCAUCUCUGAAAAAUGUGAUAAUUUUUGUGGACUUUUUAUCCAAUCUGUGAGCUCCACAAACCAAAUUCACUUCUCAGUGCAUCAGAAUUGAGGCAGAAAUCUCAAAACCUGGACAAAUAAAACUAAAACCAUCUACAUGGCCUUGAUACCUCCUUUUUUGAAUUUGGGUGAACUAACCCUUUAGUGAAAUCCACCUUUUAAUCACUGAGGAUGAAUUGUCUGUAAUCCAAUAAAGAUCUCCCUGCUGAGCUUCUGAAUGCUUUGUGAACUGAGGCGCUCUCAUGUCUCCUGUCUGAUUUCAACCUGUUGGAUGAUUAAGCUUCGGUUGUUUCCUCUGUGCUGAGCGACUCCACAGCUCCAAUGUUUUCUGUCUGUUAAUCUCAUCUGUGUGAACUUAAUCAUUUUAGAAAGAUCAUUAUAUGAAACGUCCACAAUAUACUGUAAUACAGUACAAUAUUACACAAUACAGCUAUUGGAAUGUAAAUUCCACAUUUGUUUGUAUGUUAUUGUUUGCUUUAGUAUCAUGGUCUCUGUCCUCUAAAAUAAACCAAUAAAAUAAGAACAAAAGGUAUGAAAGUCUCCAAAAAACACAAAGAA